CUCACAUCUCUGACAUUAUCUGCGAUCGUACCUCGCCGUAGUAACGAUCGAAACAUCGCCUCCGCGAGUGGUCACUAGGCCACCCCCGCCCAAACUUUAGCUCUUCUUUCCUCCUUUCUUCUUCAUCCCCACAUCCCACCAGCUCGGACCCUCGCCGAUUCUGCUGCGCAGAACCAUCACGUCUAUUCCCGACUAGUGCGCCGCAGUUGGCUCUGGAUAGCUCUGCCGCUGCAUCGCCUCAUUGUCCCUCUGAACUCGGAAGCGAGAGCUUGAGAUCAUCUCAUUCUUCAAAAGUUGGCCUUGCAUAAUUCGUUGAAUUUGAAAUGGACAAGUGGACUCAACGCGACGAGGAUUCGUAUCGCCUUCCGGAAGGCUUCGUGCGGAUUGGCUAUGACGCUGAUACCAGCCAAUAUAUCUUCAAGGACAAAGAGGGUACUCUAUACAAGAGUGCGCCUGGAUCAAGAUAUGGGAAGCUCUUGCCUAUAAUCGACCCUAACGUUAAGGCUGCGGAAGAGCGCCCAGAGGCUUUCAACGAUCUGGAUGGCGAAGAACGCUGUAUCCCACACUCACCUCGACACCCCGACGAGGCAGCCCCACGCUCCUUCCACGACAUGCUCGCCCCGAAUCAGAUCACCUCACCCACAACCCUUCCAGGCGAGCAGCAGCAUCAGAGCGGGUUUGGUGGGCUCGCCGCCCUCGUCAGCCCUACCAAUGGCAGAAGCUCCCAGGACGGCGCAGGACCCAGUUCAGCCUUUGCUGCACUCACCUCGCCGACGUUCAAAGCGGCCUUGCCCAGAGUCCAGGGUGUGAUGCAGAGCUUGAAAAGGUCGAUGUCUUCUGCUUCUAGGAGAGGCAGAGGUGGUGGUACGAGUGGCGCAAGGUAUAGGGCACUGUCUGUUUCGGAUGCCAAGAGGCCCCUGGAUGAAGGCUCGACCUACGAGCGAGAGUGGGAGUCUUUUAAGUCGGAGAAGAAGUAG